CAUGCUGUCUCUUCUCGUUCGCCGCCGCCGUCUCCUCCACCACCUCCUCCUCCCUCUCUUCCGUCCCUUCCCGAUGGCGCCGUCGCAGCCGAGGACCAAGAGCCGGAACCCUUUACUUAUCCCUGGAAUUGGGAAGUUCUCCCGGUCAAAGAUGUACCACAAGCGUGGAAUCUGGGCGAUUAAAGCCAAGCACGGCGGGGCCUUCCCCCGCCACGAUCCCAAGCCUGCUUCCCCCGAGCCGGCGUCCAAGAAGCCCCCUAAGUUUUACCCUGCCGACGACGUCAAGACCCCAGUGCCCAAUCGCCGCAAGCCUAAGCCCGCCAAGCUCCGUGCCAGCAUUACCCCAGGGACUGUUCUCAUCCUCUUGGCUGGUAGGUUUAUGGGGAAAAGAGUGGUUUUUCUAAAACAGCUUUCAUCUGGGUUGCUACUUAUCACUGGUCCUUUCACUGUUAACGGGGUACCUCUUAGAAGGGUUAACCAAUCUUACGUGGUUGCCACUUCCACUAAAAUUGACAUAUCCGGAGUCAACGUUGACAAGUUUGACGAUAAGUACUUCAAAAAGGAAAAAAAGGAGAGGUAUAAGAAGAGCGAAAGCUCAUUCUUUGAGGCUGAACAGGAAACAAAGAAGCUGCCAAAAGAGAGGAAGGAAGAUCAGAAGGUCGUGGACACCCCGCUGAUAAAAGCGAUUGAAGCAGUGGAGAAUAUGAGGGGUUAUCUUGGCACGAAAUUCACGCUUAGGUCUGGAGUGAAACCUCAUGAACUAGUCUUUUAAACGGUUUCUAUUUGCUCGAUAUUUUGUUCUGAACACUUGGUUAUCAACUGAACUUUUAUUGAUAAAUUUGAUUCUUGAUCUAGUUGAAUAUUCAA